AUGAUCCUGGGAUCCCUGGGAAACAGCAGCAGCAGCUUUUCUGCUACCUUCCUGCUGAGUGGCAUUCCUGGGCUGGAGCACACGCACAUCUGGAUCUCCAUCCCACUGUGCUUCAUGUACCUGGUUUCCAUCCUGGGCAACUGCACAAUUCUUUUUAUCAUUAAAACAGAGCGCUCACUUCAUGAACCUAUGUAUCUCUUCCUGUCCAUGCUGGCUCUGAUUGACCUGGGUCUGUCCCUUUGCACUCUCCCUACAGUCCUGGGCAUCUUUUGGGUUGGGGCACGAGAAAUUAGCCAUGAUGCCUGCUUUGCUCAGCUCUUUUUCAUUCACUGCUUCUCCUUCCUUGAGUCCUCUGUGCUACUGUCUAUGGCCUUUGACCGCUUUGUGGCUAUCUGCCGCCCCUUGCACUAUGCUUCCAUUCUCACCAACACAGUCAUUGGCAGGAUUGGCAUGGUCUCUCUGGGUCGUAGUGUAGCACUCAUUUUUCCAUUGCCUUUUAUGCUCAAAAGAUUCCCCUAUUGUGGCUCCCCAGUUCUCUCACAUUCUUAUUGUCUCCACCAAGAAGUGAUGAAAUUGGCCUGUGCUGACAUGAAGGCCAACAGCAUCUAUGGCAUGUUUGUCAUCGUCUCUACAGUGGGUAUAGACUCACUGCUCAUCCUCUUCUCUUAUGCCCUGAUCCUGCGCACCGUACUGUCCAUCGCCUCCAGGGCUGAGAGAUUCAAGGCUCUUAACACCUGUGUUUCCCACAUCUGUGCUGUGCUGCUCUUCUACACUCCCAUGAUUGGCCUCUCUGUCAUCCAUCGCUUUGGAAAGCAGGCACCCCACCUGGUCCAGGUGGUCAUGGGUUUCAUGUAUCUUCUCUUUCCUCCUGUGAUGAAUCCCAUUGUCUACAGUGUGAAGACCAAACAGAUCCGGGAUCGAGUGACGCAUGCCUUUUGUUACUAA